GUUUGACAGGCGCUCGGCUGGCAUUAGCACCUCUAGGCAGGUGAUACUCACGUCAAGCCGCUUUCGACGGGGAGAUCGCAAUAAGCCACCACAUAAUCUCUCAAGUCCAACUGAAUAAAAAGUGAACGGGGGGGGAAAGCUCAUUGUUAAGUCCGAACGAUGGACCGAUCCAAACAGAAGCAACUUAACCAAAGCGAGAUGCAAGCGGCCAACGCGAACGAUAGUUCUGUAAACGGACAUUUUGAAGGGAUGGUGAAAAUGACGAACCGGACCGGUGGUUCCCAAGGGGUGCCCGGCGAGACGAGUUCACAGCCGUCCUCGGUGAUGGAAAGCUGGAAAGAGGAGCGCACUCGAAGUAUUGAAGAUAACGAGAUGAGCUUGCCCAGUCUCGCAGCUGCUUACACCACGAUUCUUAGAGGUCUCGGAGAAGAUCCCCAAAGACAAGGACUCCUCAAAACUCCGUGGAGAGCUGCCACUGCCAUGCAGUUCUUCACGAAGGGCUAUCAGGAGAAAAUCAUUGAUGUGCUAAAUGACGCCAUUUUUGACGAAGACCAUGACGAGAUGGUAAUCGUGAAGGACAUUGACAUGUUCUCCAUGUGUGAGCAUCACCUGGUUCCCAUCUUUGGCAGGGUGCAUAUAGGCUACCUGCCCAACAAGAGAGUGCUGGGGCUCAGCAAACUGGCUAGGAUUGUUGAAAUUUACAGCAGGCGAUUACAAGUCCAGGAGCGGUUGACCAAGCAAAUUGCUGUUGCCAUCACUGAGGCUUUGCAACCUGCUGGUGUUGGAGUUGUCAUAGAAGCCACUCACAUGUGUAUGGUUAUGAGAGGGGUGCAAAAGAUGAACAGCAAGACGGUGACCAGCACCAUGCUGGGCGUGUUCCGGGAGGACCCCAAGACACGGGACGAGUUUCUCACCCUCAUCAGAAGCUGAGAGGACCCGCUGUGGGACGCCCUUUCCUCUCUGCAGCCGGCAUUCUGCCUAACCUGUCUCUCUUGGUGUUAAUCUUAAUUUGAGGCAUUAUUGUCAUGUCAUAUAUGUGUGUCCCACCCCC